GUGAACGGUGUUAGAAGUAGCUUAUUGCCGUUUUCGCGCUCGUAGACACAAAUAUUUAUUAUACUGGAGUAAUACCAUAUGAAAUAACAACUGCUGGAGACCAUAGUUUACUAUGCUACCAAAUACGAUUAGUCAGGACCGCGGCAAGGACUGGACCAGUUUGCACGAGGCUGCCGCCAAUGGCAACGAGGAAAUGCUGCAGACGCUACUCGCUGGCAAUGCAGACCCCACCGCCAAGGAGACCAAAUUAGGCAAUACACCGCUGCAUGAAGCGGCGUCGCGCGGCUACAGCCGCUCAGUAAAGUUGCUCUGCGCGCCCAAACCCAACACGAAACCGCCACCGAAGAGUAAGCAGAAGCAGGAGGCAACAAAACAAAGUCGCGGCACAAUACAAAACGCAACACUGGGCUUACAGAACUUUGCCGGUUUUACCGCCUUACAUUUGGCGGCACAAAACGGACAUAAUCAAAGUUGCAGAGAGCUACUAAUGGCUGGCGCCAAUCCGGAUAUUGAGAAUUAUUAUGGCGACUCGGCGCUGCACACGGCCUGUCGGUACGGACACGCCGGCGCCGCACGCAUUCUACUCUCCGCCUUCUGCGACGUCAACAAGAAGAAUCUCAAUGGUGACACACCCUUGCAUAUAACCAGCGCCAUGGGUAGACACAAAUUGUCGCGCAUACUGCUGGAAGCCGAAUGUGAAAUCAAUAUACGUAAUUCGCAAGGCGAGACCCCGCGCGACAUUGCAAUACGUAAGGGUUUCGGCAAAAUAUUGGACAUAUUAGACAAUCCACAUCGCAUACGCAAUAAGAAAGGCAAACCGGCAACGGGCGAAGAGGAUAAGACGAAAGCUGCGCCCUGCACAUCUAAAACGCAUGCGAAUGAGGUCAGUUGGUCGCCAUAUGGCUGUCAUUACUUUCCCGAUAUGCGCGCAUUUCCAUCGCCAAAACUGGAGACACUACCCAAAGAGCCGCUGAAGCGCGGCGAACAAUACUAUUUGGACCUGGCCGGGCAUAUACGCAAGGGACCGAUCGGUAUCGGUAAUAUCUGCUACUGCGGUCCAUUCUUCAAGCACAUCGAGGAUAAGAUCAAUUCGAAUAAGCGGCAUUUGCGUAAAUACGUACACACUGCCAAGGAACAUUUGGACGAUAAGGUGCAAGCGUUGGCGGCGCGUACAAAUCAUCAAAUUGAGAAGCUAACGCGCACGAUGAUCGCCGAUCGUGUGGAAUGUCAAACUCGACGUUUAUAUUUGGAGAACUAUUUGAAACGUGGUGAUCCCUUGCGUUUAACGGCGGACGUUACGACGCGUGGACGAGAGGCACGUGAAAUGUUCGACACCUUGAAACGCUGUCGAAGUCUUGAGUUUCUGGAGAAAGUCGACAUGUCGGAAAGCAAGUUGGCGAACUCGCGCAGCUACGAUCUGCUCGAUGCGAAUGCGAAUGCACCGGAAGUAGUUGUUGAAGACCGUAUGGAUGAAGCGCUGUGCUGUCCACACUCCACUGAGUUACAAAAUCAUUUGAGCGAAGACUCAAACAAUGAGUUUUAUGAUGUCUCGAAACGUUUGGGUAGUUUACUAGCGAAGACGAGUACAUUUUUGACAGUGCCCGCACAUGCAGUACCAAACUCAACGACCAAAGCAACAGCGGCAGCAUUGGAAAUAGACGCCGAUGACGGUGGACUGAGCACGCGUGUGCAAAAUAUGCAUUUGAGUCCAUCGAAUAGUGAGGCAUCGAAUAUCACUCCGGCUCAGUUGAGCUCCGAAACUGGUGCGAUAUCGAGCCCCGACUAUAAUUGUAAUUUCCGUACGCCGCACGGCGCGGCGAAACGUAAAGCUUUUGCGGCAACAACAGAAGAAGCUACAACCACAGCAUCAUCAUCGAUGGCAUCACCAGCCGAACGUACACAAUACAGAGAUAAACCGAUUACUAACUACGGUAAUGAAAGACAGCUGGAGUACUUGUACAGCAUACAGAAGCGCGGCAGCGUCAUACAGAAUGUGAUAAGCGCAUUGCGCAAAAGUCAUCAAAGAGCCGAUGAUAGUUUGGUGUUGGCGAAGACACGCAACGAAUCAGAGUACACACAAGAGGAUAAGCUGGGCUAUAAAGAUGAACUCUUUCAGGUGCAACGUUCAGCGGAAUGUGAAAGCAAAGAGGCGGCAAUGUUGAAAGAGGUCGGUUUGCCACUUGAAAAUUUGAGCGUGAGCACACAUGCCUUCGCAAUGAAGGGUCGAGACUUUAACGAAAUGCAACGCUUACAAACACAAAUUGGCGAAAUCACAACACCAACAUACAACGAGCAGGAGACGCGUUAUCAGGAUUCCUCCUACACGGAAAGUCAUCCGGGCGAAGACUGUUUGGAUUCGUUGGAAAGCGUACAGCAACAACCGUUACAACAAUUUACCGGUGCGAAUAAUGCGCCAUUAUAUGCGCAACAAGUCUUGGACAAAGUCGGUGUGGCGACUCAUGGCUCAACGCCUUCACACGCCACAGACUCACCGGAUUCGCAGAAUUAUGUUUUCCAGACAAACUAUUGGCCCGAACGUUAUGUGCCGAAAGACGCCUACUUUCACGAUUUGUCACAACGCAAAUGCAAGGUUGCACAACCAAAUGUAACGACAGCCGCUUCAAUAGCAAAACCGUCAACCGAAGAGCCUACGGCAUACACGAAUGCUUUGCCGAAGUUCAAAGUUGCUAAUGCGGUAAAAAGUAUAGAGAAGCUUAAUGGUCAAGUGCUGUCGAAUACUUAUAUACGUGAUCCCACCGUCAGGAGUAGCCUCAAAGCUAAAUCUUUUGUGGUGCCUGCAGUCGUAAGUACAACGCCGAAGAGCUGCAGCGCUUGUACCGAAGCGAUUUGUAAUGGAAAUUGCACUUAUGACGAAUCGCUGAAGAUAGUACGCGAGCCGCGUGUUCGGCGCCCAAUUCACGAAGAGGAACAAAAUGAAGCAGUGCCCAUUGGUUUCACAACAACACAAUCGGCGAGUUUGAACGAAACUGGCAUUGUUACAGCAUCAGCAGUUCAUAACGGGUUAGGACCCUAUAGCGCUUACAGUCACGACGAAGCUGGUGCGCUCGCUGGCAAGACCAGCAGGCUGCCGGCAGCGGGCUUCUACGCGAGUAAUGUGUCAAGUUUGGUCUGA